UGGCUGUCCUCACCCACCUCCAAGGGCUGCAUUCCCCACCACACGCCUCGCUUAACCCGACGCGGGGUUCUCGUUCUACGCUGAUCAGUCACUGGCGCCAUUCCACUGUGUCGCGUCGGUUUCUCUUAGGCGGUCUUCACGUGUUUGUGUUCGAAUGCGUGAUCCUUGACUUUGUUCGUUUCGACUCAUGGAUGAAACGAGUACGGAAAUGGAUCCAACGACUUCGAGUGGAAUCAGCCAAAGCAGCAUGAGCAGCCAGGACACCCAGGACACCCAGGAGAGCACCAAGCAGGAGGAGGCGCAGCAGGAGAAGCAAAAUGAGCCCUCCACGACGAGCGUCAGCAUCGCCGUCGGCACCGAAGACCUCAACCCGGCCAGCACGACUUCGCAGGCGUCGCAAGCGGAGCCGACAGCCUCCACAUCCCGAAGCGCAGCAGAUUCAGAGUCCGAUGGCAGCAAAGGCCCGAAAACAUGUGGCGUCUGCGGAGACAAGGCCAAGAGCAUGCACUUCGGAGGCCUGUCAUGCGAUUCAUGCAAAGCGUUUUUCCGCCGAGCUGUUCACAAUGACGCUUUCAUGAACUUCACUUGUCCGUACGAUGGGCAUUGCGUCAUCAACAUUGCAUCGAGGAAAUGCUGCCAGUAUUGCAGAUACAAGAAAUGCACAAGCAUCGGCAUGGAGCGAGCGUGGGUGAUGUCAGAGGAGGACAGAGCUCAGCUGAUGAAGCAAAGAGCCGAGAGGAAGGCGAAGCAAGGGGAUGAGGCCAAAAAGGGCCCCAAAGAAGGCAAGAGAGAGCUGAUACCGUACGAGCCUGAUAUGGCUAACAUGUUGAAUUAUAUGACGGAACAGGAGCGUGACGAAGUGGAACAGGCAGUGCGCAACUACCAGCUUGCCUACCAAGACGUGCCGUACAAGAACGACCUCAAACAGUUUCAACGUGGGUCGUCCCAGCGUGCAGAUUAUCAACAUGUUUACCACGGUCGUUCGGCGGUUCGCUUAUUUUGCGAGGCUGUUCCCGGAUUUCUGCGUUCUGCAUGUAUCGUAUCCAUACGGAACAACACCCAGACGAAGAGGGACCAGGGCAGCCUCCUCCGUGGGGGGAUCCUCGAGAUGUCGCUGAUCCGCGGUGUCCAGAGCUUCGACACAGACAACAACCGCUGGCCCAACACGAAGGAGCAGAUCUAUAAGGACGCCCCUACGCUUCGAGUCGAGGACAUGAAGAAGCUUGUCAGCUGCGAGCUGUACGACAUGCACAUGAAAUUCAUUUUUAGCAUGAAGGACCUAAACGUAGACGAGCCGGUGAUGAUGUUGUUGUUGCUCAUCGUCCUGUUCACGAGCGACCGCCCCGGCCUGCAGGAGACAGCCCGCAUCCAGGCGCGUCAGGACCACUACCUGCAGCUCAUCAGGAAAUACAUGAACUGGCGCUACGGCCCCCACAACGCCACCAUCAUGUACCCGCGCCUGCUCAUCAAGCUCACCGACCUGCGAGAGCUCAACGACCAGCACAACGAGUACAACCUGAAACUAGCCAAACAGGAGGUAGCAGAGAUCCAGAUGCAGCUCGGUCAGCUGAACCUGAAUCCAUACACUGAGUGGCCACACAUAAUGCAGCACCCUAGUGUCUCUGGAUCUUCCUCUGACCCACAGGCACGAACCCGCGUCACCGCUGGGGUAUUCCAGAUGCCCCCGGCCGUCACGUCGGCUAUGGCCGCCUCGGCGUCUCAAGCUGCAUCGACCUCAAAGGGCGGCAUGGGCGGUCUGGCUGAGGGUGUGGGCGGCGAUGCCGGGGCGGGGGCGGGGGCGACGGCGGCGGCGGCGGCGGCAGCGGCGGCCAUGGCGUCCAUGGACUUCGAGCAGCUCGCCAAUAACCCGAGCUUCCAGAAGAUGAUUAUGCAGCAGUUCCAGAAGUCGAUCAUGAAUGUCCUAAGCUCUCCGAACUUCGGCCUGGGAAGCCUCCUUCCUGACGGUCGCAGCGGUCAAUUGCCUCUGCAGAGUGAUGCUGCUCAGCAGCAGCUGCAGCCACCAGCCGCACAACCAGCUGCACAAGCCCCAGCCAUUGCUCAGCACAUACUUCAGCAACAGAAAAUGCAGCAGCAGCAGCAGUCGCAGAGUGGCGGCGGGCAGGCCCCGGGCGCGAGCCAGGGGGGCCCAUCCGGGUUCCAGAGCUCCGACCUCAUGACGCAGCUCGAUUACCUCGAGACGAACCAGCCGGGGAACCUGCAGAGCAUACAGCAAUCGCAGCAAGCCUUCCAGCAGCUUGAACAUCAGCUGAUGAGUAAUAUUGGCGGCUAUGGGAGCUACGGCGAGCACAGUCAGCAUCCGCUCCAGCAGCAAUAUCAGCAGGCCCAGCAACAGGCGCUGAUGCAGCAGCAGCAGCACCUCGGCCACCAACAGGAGCUGCCGGAAGCCAUGCUGAUCAUCCCGAAGGAGGAGCCGACCACGCCAUCGCCGCCCGGAGUGCAGCACAUCCCCCACCCUCAGCCCGAGCACCACAUCCUCUACGAGGAGCAGCACGUCGCCAUGCGCCAGGCCCGGCAGCACAUGCCUGCCUUGCACCACUCGCCCCCCACGCAGCGUCAGCGACCGCACGCAGCGUCAGCGGAGCCGGAGGAGGCGGGAGAGGAAGGGGGCAGCACUUCGCAGAAGCGCAGCUCGCUCAGCGACAUCGGAGGCCUGUUCCAGUUCCGCACGCUGCUUGAGGAGUUCGCGACGCUGGACAACCCGGAGCAGCUGGAGCAGGUGAAGCAGAUCCUGGGCCCGGACCUCGUCAGCUCACUGCAGCAGAAGCUCAUCGCCUCGUCUGCCCAGGCGCAGGCGGCCGCCGCGCAGGCGCACCACCACCCCAGCACCAACAGCCAUCCUCCCACGCCCCCCACCACCACCCCCCUCCGCCGCAGCACCUUCCCCCCCAGCACCACCCUCCUUCGCUGCCCCCCCACCAUCACCCGCCGCUGCCGCCGCUGCCCCCCGCGCAGCACCAGCAGCCGAUGCCGCACGCCGCAGCGCCGCCACACCACCACAUGUACCUGUCGGAGGGCGCUUACCCGUACUACCCGAGCGGCGAGUACUCAGGGCCGCCGAUGGGCGCCGCCUACCAGGGCGCCUCGACGUCCUACGCGUCCUCCACGCACGCCACGUCCCCGCCGCCCCAGUACAGCGCGGCGGAGCCAUCGUCCUUCUGCAGGAGCCAGCACCGAAUAACGCCCCCGGUCAUGGGCGGCGGUGACACGCCCGCGCCCUCGACCUCCUUCCUGCCUCCGGACAACACGGGCGUCGUGUACCAGUACCACCCCGACGUGGUGCAAAAUGUCACCACCACCAACUGAGUCCAGUCGACUCGUAGAUUCAUAGGCUUCUAUGGCGAUAUGGCUGCUAAAACAAUUCGCGAAACAUAAUGUGUGUGAUGACGUACACUUACACAAACGUGUGUAUAUGUAUGAGUUUUUGCGUGUGUGCAUGCGCGCUCGUGUGUGGAUGUAUGCUAUACAUGUAAAUCUUUAAAACACUGAAGCAACCCUUUGAUGGAGUUUUUAGUUUUCACUAAUAGUUCUCACCUCGUCCUCGCCCGAUUUGGCACCUACACACAUCUAGCCAUGCAGUGCACAAUGAUGCUGUAUAGCGACCGGUCUUUGCACAUUCGUUUAUUAACAAAAGCAUGUGAUUAACUACCGAUUAACAAAAUAGAUCUGAACAGACAGUAUAUUAACAGGGUUUUAUUCUUUGUCAUAUGGAAAGACUUAAAAGUACAAUAGCUAAAGUAACUUCACAAUGUUCAAUGUUUAACAAAAUGUCAUAGUUACAUACAGUAGUCUCGAAGACGCCGAAAUCUUGCCAGAUGCACUUGGCGCCACAAAUGAAGACAUAGCGUGAAAAUUUUAGUACAAAUGCAAGUACGUAUGGAUGGCUUCAGGAAAAAAAUGCGCGAGAAAAUAUAUACUGUGAUAUUUCAUUUUAGAAUUUUGUAUAUAUAUGUAGAGAGUGAAAAAAGGGCCUUUCUGAAGAUUAUAGAAUGGUGAAAAUAAAACAUUCCUGUAAGAUUUCCAUUA